AUGGCCUGUGCGAUUCAGAUGAUGGAGAGCCUUCUCUUCCCUCUGAAAAGCGCCAUUGCUACCUGGCAGCGCUCCAGUCCUUGCUGGGUGAUCGAUGCCAUCCUCGGCAUCGUGUGUGGGGUGCUGCUGUACCUUGUGUUAGUCCAAGCGUUCAGUGGAGCUGAGGAGGAGCAGCAGGAGCAGGAGAAGGAGCAGGAAGAAGAAUGGAGCUUUGAAAGCCACCUGGAGAGGCCCCCUGAACAGGGCAGCUUUCGUCAGCGCUCCCGUCAAGACCCCUCUGGUGAGGUCUGCAAAGCAGCGCCUGCUGGAGCCAAUAGUCCCUGUGGGGAGCUUGUGGAAGAUGCUGCUCCCACCAUGUCCCCCUCGGCUUCUCUGGCUCCUGUGACUGAGUGCCCGUUACCUCUGGCCUCCACCUUGUCACCAGGCCCUACCAACUCCUCAGUUUCCCUUUAUUCCCACUCAUCCCUGAGUGCCUCUCGGCCACCAGAGCCUUUCCUUCCCCUGGAUGACCUAUCAUCCCAACCACUUGUACUUUCCUGUUCCCCUUCACUUCCCCCUGACUCAGGGGCCCACUCUCCACCUCCCACAGCCUCCUCUGUCCCCCCACCACCAGCCUCCACUCUGACUCUUCCCCAGUUUGAUUCAGUGGCACUGACACUGGGCCCCACCCCGCAGAGCUCAUGUCCACACACACCUUGGAUGGCUUCUCCCACCCCAGCCAUCUCAGGCCCUGGCCUCUCAAACUGUCCCAUUUCAGCCCUGUCCUGGUGGCAGGUGGCUUCCAAAGCCUCAUGCCUCUCAGCCUCAUCACAGUGGGAGUCCCAGCAAGAGCGCCUGUCUCACCACCCACCAGAGGCCUCGUUCCAGGAAGACCCCACAGACAGACAGGCAGAGGCUGGGGGCCUCUCUUUGCUCAGCUCUGAUGAGCAGAACCUCCUGGAGAAACACAUCGCAAAGAGAAUCAACAUAACGAUUUUGAAAGAAAAUGAAAAAUAUGCAUUAUAUCCAAAACAAAUGAACCCAAACUACCACCCGCACUCUUUGGGGAAUACGUGGAAAUCACUGGGUGCUGAGCAGGACACCACAACCCCCCAACCCUUCUGGAGCAUGAAGGACAAACAAGAACAACUGCAUAGUCCUCUGCAGCUCUACAGCCAGCUUUUUUGGGGUCUCCCCUCCCUGCACUGCGAAUCCCUGGAGGCUACUGCCUGGACAUCGAAGGGCUCUUCCACAUUACAGCCUCCACCUUUCUUAUUCAAUGGCAUCUCGAGUGCCUGCCCAGUUCCACUGCAGGCUACAGUGCCUCCACUGCCUUCCCAUUCCCAGCACAUGUCUCACUUGGAGUUCCAAUCUCCACCCUUGCUUCCAACCAUGCUUCAAUUACAGCCACCACCUCUGGCUCAGGUCCAGGCCCGGGGCCAUCUCCCAUCCUCUCUACCAACCCUACCACCUUCUCCACCUCAGAUGAGGGGCUGUGGAGUACCAUGCCCAACGGCCCAGAAUAAGCCACAAUCUUUAAUCCCAGUUGAGAUUCAACAUCCAGAAAGGCCCUUGUUGCAGAAGCAAGUAGAAAGUGGGUGGGAUUUAUCCUCUGCAGUCAACAGAUCUCAGGAAGUCUUCAGUGUCUUCACAGCCAACCUUCCCAAGAACAGCAUCCUUCCUGAGAAUUUUCCAAUCAGUCCUGAGCCCCGGAAGCAGCUGGAGCCACAUCUCCAAAACUCACAUAUGAAACACAACUGGGAGCUGUUCCCCAAGAUCAGAGAACCUCCAGAACUAGGGCAACAUCAGAGCGAAUUACCAGGGACAUGUCAGGCAAAGGACAAGCAUGAGCCCUCACAGCCCACUUCACUCACAGGUGAAAGCAGCAACGACGCACAGAACGUGGGGCUCCAGCUAAGCCCCGAUACAGGGAAGGUCCCAAAAGAUCUCUCCAGGGGCUCAGAAUGCUCCCUAGUGACGUUUCAGAGGGGAGACUCUGAGGAGUCAGAAAGUGACGAAAUGCUUUGGAGAAGGGACUUCGGAAGUGAUUUACUGAGGAACUUAGACAAAAAUCUAGAAAACACGCUAAAAGGCCACUUGGGCAGCAAGUUGGGACAGAUGAGCAAGGACCUGAUGAGUGUGCAUGGACCCUGGCUUCCUGUCAGCCACUCUUAUGCCAAGGCUGACACUCACAUGGAAACCAAAAAUCUGGGAAUCUUAAAUGGCUGGGAACCCUGCAUGAAUGCCUCCCAUGGGGCCUUCUUUCUUAAUACAGACAUUCAAAAGGUGCUAGAAGCACAUAUUACAAAGUUCUGGGUGAAGCACCGGUGGGGCCUGCCCCUCAAGGUCCUCAAGCCCAUGAGUCUCAUUAAGUGGAAAAGGGCUCAGGCCUCACCCAUUCUGCAGUUCCCCCUCCCCCCUUCAUCCAGCUGUGUAUCUGGGGCCUACUCGAUAGUCAAAAAGACCCCCUCUGCCAUGGCUGUGGGCACAGUAGACUCUGUUGGGAGGAAAUACCUUCAGCUGGGGCCAGAGAAGAAACAGGGCCCUCCAGAAAGUUUCUUCAGACAAAGAAUGAGGCUCUAUUUUCAGGGGAUUUUCUCCAAUAAAAAACUCAAAGGGAAGGAGUUCUGGCUGGAUGGGAUGGAGCAUGACUGUGUGGUACCUACUAGUAUCUGA